AUCAUGACCAGCAGCAUGGAUUUCUGCGGCACCUGGAAGGUUUAUUCUGAGGAAAACCUUGAGGGCUUCUUAAAAGUCAUGGGUGCACCUGAAAUGAUUAUCAAAAUGCGAAAGGAUGUCAAACCGGUGUUGGUGAUUGAGCGGAAGGGCUCAGACUUCACCUACACCAUGAAGACUCCCCUUGGCACCAGAGUUCACUCAUUCAGGCUCGGCAAGGAGUCCGAGAUGACCGUGGCGGAUGGCAGGAAGUUUAAGUGCACUGUCAGAGAGAAGAACGGGAAGCUGAUCGCUGAAGCUGAAAAGUUCACUGCUGUCCGAGAGCUCCAAGGAGAUGACAUGGUGGAGACUAUCACUGCUGGCGAUGUAAAUUUCAUCUGCAGAAGCAAACGAGCCUGAUCCAGGCCUGAAGCUGAAGCUACUUUAAGCAGGGAACCAUGUGGAUAGCACAUAAAAUAAAUAAUAAUAAUAAA